AUGAAAUUAGGAUAUAAUGAAAUAAUGAUAACAUCAAUGUAUUUUAAUGAUAUUAAUGAUUUUAUUAAUUUAGAAUUAGGCGUUAAAAGAUUUCAAGGAAAUAUGGAACGAUUUCAUUUUAAUCCAAUUCCUUUACAUAAUUAUUCAAGAAGAUUCUUUCCUAAUAUUGAAACAUUUCAUAUUUAUACUGAAAGCAGUAUGGUAUUUAAUGAUGGAAGAAUAAUUAAAUUACUAAUAUGGUAUACAGUAAAUUAUUCAACAUAUUUAAAAGAAAAGAAAAAAGGAAAUAUCUGUAAACAUAUAGAAUAUACCCAAUCAGAUAGAAAUAAAUAUGGAAAUACAAUCACCCCAGAAGUUACAUCACUUGGAAAUUAUUGUUUUAAAUAUUGUAAUGAAUUAACAUCUAUUAACAUACCAACAUCUGUUAGUGAAGUAGGGUAUUGGUGUUUUUAUGGAUGUACAUCAUUAAAAUCAAUUAACAUACCAUCGUCAAUUAGUGAAGUAGGAAAAUAUUGUUUUUCAGAAUGUUCGUCAUUAACAUCGAUUUAUAUACCUACAACAAUUACUAAAUUAAAAGGUGGUUGUUUUAGAGAGUGUACUUCACUAACAUCAAUUAAUAUUCCAUCAUCUGUUAGUAAAAUUGGAGAUUGGUGUUUUUAUGGAUGUAAAUCAUUAAAAUCAAUUAAUAUACCAUCAUCUGUUAGUGAAAUCGGAAAUAAUUGUUUUAAAAAAUGUUCAUCAUUAACCUCAAUUAAUAUACCAUCAUCAAUUAGUAAAAUAGGGAAUGAAUGUUUUAAAGAAUGUACAUCAUUAAAAUUAAUUAACAUUCAAUCACCAAUUAGUACAUUAGGAGGCCAUUGUUUUGAUAAAUGUUCAUCAUUAACUUCUAUUACUUUACCAUCAUCAAUUAAAGAAAUGGGAAAUAGUUGUUUUGAAGAAUGUUUAUCAUUAACAUCAAUUAAUAUUCCAUCAACAAUUAUUGAAAUAGGAUAUUAUUGUUUUAAUGGAUGUACAUCAUUAACUUCUAUUACUUUACCAUCAUCAAUUAGUAAAUUAGGAAAUAAAUGUUUUAAAGAAUGCUUAUCAUUAAAAUCAAUUAAUAUUCCAUCAACAAUUAUUGAAAUAGGAUUUAAUUGUUUUGAAGAAUGUUCAUCAUUAACAUCUAUGAAUAUAGAUAGUCUACAAUAUAUCAGUGAAGAAAAAGUAUUUAUGAAUGAACCAGUGUUAAUUAGUAUUAAAAUACCAUAUAAUCUAGAAAUAAUCAAUGGAAAGAAUAUUGAAAAGAAAAAUAUUAAUGAAUUUAUUAUUCCAUCUUCAAUCACUAAAUUAGGAUAUUGUUGUUUUAGUAAAUGUUCAUCAUUAACAUCAGUUAAUAUUCCAUCAACAAUUAUUGAAAUAGGAUAUAAAUGUUUUAAAGAAUGUUCAACAUUAAAAUCAAUUAAUAUACCAUCUUCAAUUAGUAAAAUAGGUGAUUUUUGUUUUGAUAGAUGCAUAUCAUUAACAACAAUUAAUAUACCAUCAUCAAUUACAUCAUUUGGACGUGGAUGUUUUUAUAAAUGUGGAUGUAAAGAUGAAUUAAAACAAAAUAAAAGAAUACCAAUAGAGUGUUUUGAAUAG